AGUGGAGAGAAGCGACCUACGAGUAGAGGGAAGUCUGCCCGCAAGAUCCGUCUCCAUCGUUGUUGUUUUUUGGUAAUAAUGACCCCUAAAAUAUGGAGAACAUAAACUAGCCGUUUCACACUAUCGGAAGAUAUCGAUAUUAUAGGUCUUCGUCCCUCCGAAAGAUACAAAAGGAAUGGUGAAAAUUGUAAUGUUACAGAAGGAACUAGGAUUCAGGGGGACGGGGGAGUGUGAAUCAAGAGGGUUGUGAACAAGUCUAGAGAGGUGAGCUGUUUGCAGAGGUAACCUAAAACAAAAGGUCAAAGGCUGAACAUUUAGGAUAAGCAACGUUAAUUACCAAGGUACCAAAGAAGCAACAGACGUAGCGUUAGCUACUAGCGAAAUGGAGCUGAGAGUGGGGAACCGGUACAGACUGGGCAGAAAAAUCGGAAGCGGGUCUUUCGGGGAUAUCUAUUUAGGCACAGAUAUUUCAGUGGGGGAGGAGGUUGCCAUUAAGUUGGAAUGUGUGAAGACCAAACACCCCCAACUCCACAUCGAAAGCAAGAUCUACAAGAUGAUGCAAGGAGGAGUGGGCAUUCCAACAAUAAAGUGGUGCGGAGCAGAAGGUGAUUACAAUGUGAUGGUGAUGGAACUGCUGGGGCCCAGUCUGGAGGAUCUCUUCAACUUUUGCUCCCGCAAGUUCAGUCUUAAGACAGUCCUGCUGCUUGCUGAUCAGAUGAUCAGUCGCAUUGAGUACAUUCACUCCAAGAACUUCAUCCACAGAGAUGUGAAGCCUGAUAACUUCCUGAUGGGACUGGGCAAAAAGGGCAACCUGGUCUACAUUAUUGACUUUGGCCUUGCUAAAAAAUACCGUGAUGCUCGUACACACCAGCACAUCCCCUACCGCGAGAACAAGAACCUGACUGGCACUGCACGCUACGCCUCAAUCAACACACAUCUGGGGAUUGAGCAGUCGAGGCGCGAUGACCUGGAGUCAUUGGGCUAUGUUCUUAUGUAUUUUAAUCUGGGCUCACUGCCUUGGCAAGGCCUUAAGGCUGCUACCAAGAGGCAGAAGUAUGAACGUAUUAGUGAGAAGAAAAUGUCCACCCCCAUUGAGGUGCUUUGCAAGGGAUACCCUUCUGAGUUUGCAACCUACCUUAACUUUUGUCGCUCCCUGCGUUUCGAUGACAAGCCGGACUACUCUUACCUUCGACAGCUUUUCAGGAACCUGUUCCACAGACAGGGCUUCUCAUAUGACUAUGUAUUUGAUUGGAACAUGCUCAAGUUUGGAGCCAACCGUGCAGCAGAGGAAGCAGAGAGAGAGCGUCGAGACCGGGAGGACAGGCUGAGGCACGGCAGAAACCCAGGGGCCAGAGGAAUACCUGCUGCAUCAGGACGUCCACGAGGAACCCAAGACGGAGCCCCGCUAACGCCAACCUCACACACAGCAAACACAUCCCCUCGACAGGUGUCUGGUAUGGAACGUGAACGAAAGGUUAGCAUGCGACUGCAUCGCGGGGCUCCUGUCAACGUUUCAUCCUCAGAUCUAACAGGGCGGCUGGAUACCUCUCGCAUGUCCACCUCACAGAAUAGCAUUCCCUACGAGCAUCACGCCAAGUAGACGCUCGCCACGUCCUUGUGUGACGGCGGCAACACUGGAUGGUGUCCGUUGUACCACCUGCUGGUCUUCAUCUUCUAGUUCCUCGAUGAGCCCCCACAGUGCAACCUGGCAGACCAAGCUAUGAAGCAAUCUGACUCCUAAUACUACCACCACAACUAUUAAUUAUUACUACUAGAGCUACUAUUGGAAGCCAGCUUCUGACUCAGCACAAACUGCUUUGUGAAUGACUACUCACAGCACUGCUGCCUCUUUCAGAAUCAGCUGUCACUGGGCAGUGCUUUGUCCAGUGAAAACAUGGCAACCCAGCAAUCUUUUGUAGGAUAUUGACUGGCUGACGAAACAGCAGUUAUCGACACUGGCUCCUCCUUCCUCUGAGGAAACUUUUGUCAUUGACGACCCUACAUUUCCACUGUCACUGUCUGCUAUUCAAACUGACCCACUGUACAUAUAAGUAUGGGUAGCUUUUGGGGUGUGAAGUUUUAGUUUUGGUAUUUACAGUGUUCACUCUCUCCUUCCACCAGCUGCUUUUCUUGUUUUUAACAAUCACCACCACUGAUAGCUCUAUUCAGUAUCUGUAAAACUCAUUGGUAUUUAAUAAAAGAAACUACUACUUUGCAUGUUCUAGAGGUGAGUCUUCAGAUUCAGGUGUGGAACUUAAGUACUGGUUGAACCCAUGAACAUAUCAAAAAUAUGCUUUGGUAGCUUGGGUGCAAAAGGUUGGGUAUUCACCCAUUUGUUAUUCUGUCUGUUCUCCAGACUCUGGUGUAUUGUCCAAUGAGCCUUGUUCUCUUUCUAGCGUUCUGUGCAAAGUAAGUGCACUUUGUGAGGGGAGCAAGGACAUUAUCUUGACAUAGUUUACCAGAUGUCCAUUCACUGUAUACAGAUGAAACAUUCUCAUUUUUGUUAUUUGUAUUGUUUCAAUCUGUGAAUUUCUUGUAAUAAUGAUGUGUAAAUGUUUUUUCAUGUUUGUUUUCACUGAACUGUGGGGAUGAGAAGAUGAUGUCUAAGCUUGGUCCAGGAACCAAGCUGCUGCAGGUUUGUGCUGCCCCAAAUGUGGUAGUUUCUUAUCUUUCUGCUCCUUCAGAGCCAUGGAGUUAAUACAGAAAGCAGUCUUGUUGGCUCGCUGAAUGUGAAAGACAUCUUGUAUGACAGCUACUGCUCUCUGUAUGAGAUGUUAAGUGAUCCUGCACCAGUAUCAUAUAUUGUCAUGGGCAUGGAAAACACAUUCUUUAUGACAACAUCAACAACUAUUGAAAUGACUCUGUUGAGAGGAAAGCUGACCAUCUUUUCACAGGCUUUUCCACCAGCAGUGUUAUGUUGUGUUAUUUUUUUAAUAUAUAUAUAUAUAUAUAUAUGUAUAUAUAUGUAGCUCAACUUGCCAUAGUUUUGGCUAUGAUGAAUGACUUUACCAAGCCUGUUGUAAUUAUUUCUUGCUGCUGCUCUUUCUGUAGUUUUUGAUUUUGACUUUUGACCUCUUUGGUCAGCUGCUCUACACCUAUUGAAUUAUGUAAGCAACUAGAUCAGCAAGAGUUACUUUCUCACAUUUAUAUUUGGCACUGUAUUUGUGUACUUAAACUGUAAAUAAAUGAGCAACUUGUACCUUUUAUGCCAUUACUUUAA